AUGCGAACGUUCAGUCUCCCCCGAGUCCUCCUAGCUCUGGCCUCUACCAUCCUCUUCUCCGAACUGGUCCAGGCCUACGACGAGCCGUCGCCAAACUCGUGGAAGGGCAACUUGACCUUCCUGCAUACCGAGGACUCGUUGACCUUCCACUACUCCACGCCUGAUCCCGACGACACCAACUGGAUAGGCUUAUACCUCAACGCAGGCGUCGGCCUCAUUCCCGAAGCCGGCAAGAAGUACAGCAGACCCUCCACCGUCUGGCAACAUGCCCCUGGGCGCGAGGGGACCGUUCACUUCCCAGCCCGAAACCUGCGACCCGGACGGUACGGCGUCUUCUUGAACGCCAGGGACGGCUACGAAUGGCUGGCCCUCCCCAUCAUAGUAUUCCUGUCCGACGACGGGAGAGACAUCGAGGUGAUUUCACAAAAGGCGACCCUUCCCAACGCCCGUCGGGGUGACGACUACCUCGAAUCGAUACGCCACCUCGUUCUUGACGGGGACGGGGUAAAAUUCGAAUCGCUGCACCUUGGUUCGCCAACGUGGGUCGACGUGACUCGUGACGGCAACAUGUUCGGCACCCCUCCCGACGACGCGGCGGAGGAUACAACAACCAUCCUGGUGUGGGCGACGCGGCGCAACUCGGCCGCCCUCCUCGAACUGACCAUCCCCGUGCGGAAGAAGGGAGAGCCCCUCCUCGACACGCUCAAAGUCAUGUCCCUGAACCUCUGGUUCGGCGGGAAGAAAGUCAACGACUACCACAAGAAGCAGGUCCGGUUCCUCGCCACUUCCGGAGUCGACAUCGUCGGCCUGCAGGAAGACCACGACGGCAGCCACGCCAGACGGCUGGCCGCGGCGCUGGGCUGGCACUACUGGUCGAGCAAGGAGAGCGUCGGCGUCAUCAGCCGGCACCGCAUCCACCAGGAGCUCGAUCUGGGACUCUCGGCGGGCGGUGUGACCAUCAGCCUGGGGAAAGGGUGGACCGAGAAGGUGGUGGUGUGGGUUGCGCAUUUCGCGUCUAGGCCCUAUGGGCCCCACGGGCUGUGUUUUGACGGGCUGUCGGUCAACGAUGUGACGGGGGGCGUGGGACGGGGGGUUGAUCUGCGGCGGCAGCAGGCCGAGGCCACGAUUUGGAGAAUGCGGUCGUAUUUCUCCACCGUUGACGAGGUUCCGGUUAUUGUCUUGGGGGAUUUCAACGAGCCGUCGCAUCUCGACUACGUGGAGGAACUCCGGGACGGGCACUGCGGUCACUCGGAUGUCCCCUGGCCUGUGUCCAAGAGGAUGGCGGAGGAGGGGUUUAUCGAUUCGUACCGCGUUGCGCAUCCCGAUCCGGCCGAGGAAGAGGGCAUCACGUAUUCGCCCAUCACGCCGUUGCACGACAGCGGCAGGCCCGAGCCGCAGGAUCGCAUUGACUUUAUCUAUCACAAAGGGGACCAGCUGAAGGUGUCAGAUUCGUGGACCUACGUUGCUGGGGAGCCAAAGAAUAUUCCGGAUCAUAGGGACAAUGAGUGGACGUCGGACCAUGCGGCUGUUAUUACUGUGUAUGAUAUAUCAGAAUGGGAAUCUACAUGGCAUGCCUAG